AUGACCCCAAGACAUCUCGAAACUACUGCCCUAGCUCGACGACUAAUUGCGCAGAAUAAACGACCGACUGUUACUGAAAAUGCAACCCUCCAAACGGCCAUCUCAGCCCUCCGUGACACAGUCCGAAAGCUCAACGCCCAAUUCAACGAUAUCGACUUCGCGCUCGCCGUAAUCCCUCCUGAUGCGGCCCCCGACGCGGAGCUGAAAACACAAUAUGCUCAAUUACAGCAAGAGCUCGAUUCCGCGCAAGAACUGCUUGCGAUCCAUACAACAGCCAUAACACUCAUACGACAAAUCCCAGUAGAAGUACUGGAAAUCAUCUUCGUGUUCACUCUGCCCAGGUCGAACCCUGCCUCCCCUUCAAAGACAGAAGCACCAUUGCUGUUAGGUCAAAUAUGUUGUGCUUGGAGACGUGUUGCGUUGACCACGCCUCGACUGUGGUCGUCUCUUUCUCUGAGCCUGGAUAGACGACCAGGAGAGUGGAGGCAUCUUAUCGAGACUUGGUUGGGACGGUCCGGAGAUUGUCCGCUCACAAUGAGCUUCAUUAAAGGGACGAAUUCGGCCUACUAUUUCAAUGAACAUGUGAUCCGAAUGCUUCGUCCUUAUGCAAAGCGAUGGAGGCACCUCUUGUUGGAUCUCUCCGCGGUAACAACAGUAAAACUGCUCAGCACCACAUUGCCAUUACUUGAAACAAUCCAAGUCAACACGCAAGGCGAGUCGGCAGGACUGUAUCUGUCGACUGCAGAUGUCCCGCGACUCAAGAGGGUGCACUUUGUGGGCGAUAGAUUGCACCCUAAGGGCAUUCAGUUGCCCUAUCGCCAGCUUACAGACUUGAGGGUCCAAUCCGCGCCUUGCUCAUUAGACGAUGUUUAUCGAAUCCUCACCAACUGUCAGAAUCUGGUUCAAUGCGCUGUGUCAAUUUCAAGCACUUCAACAGCAACGCAAAACUCGCUCCAGCACCGACCAGUCCAUCUCCCACAUUUGCGGGAACUGACCGUCAAAGGGAGUAUUGCUACCCCUGCUAUUGCUUCAUUCUUUCCUGAGCUUCGAACGCCAAAACUCGAAACUCUUGAGCUGGUUAACAUCACAGAUUCGGAAAGCGGAUCGUUCGGGCUUCACGACGAGUCGCCGUUAGCCGUCUUUGCGAGGGCAUCCAAUAUUCGAAAACUCACCUUGCUGGGUGACAAUCCUGAAGCUGAUUUGUUCCAAAUGGUGGUCGCGAUACCAUCGCUGCGGGAAGUACUCAUUGGGAAUGUCGAUGGUGGAGAUGUGUGGACGCCUGAAAAUGUUCGUCAUGCGUUGGAAAUGCGGGGCGAACCAGAGGUAUAA